AUGGGCUUGCGCGACGCACUGCGUCAACUGCGUCCGGGUAGCCCCUCGCAGGGCAAGUGCAGCAUUGAGCUGCAGAGACGCAGCGCCAGCGAAACGCUCGUCACUCCCGCUCAGGUGACAGAGCAGUCCCUGCAAGUGUGGCGUCAAUUGCCAGCGGAAAUACGCCAUGAUCCGAGCAUGGCUUCAUUUCAAAUGGAGAACGAACGCAUACAUGGCUCCAGCGCCGCCAGCGAUGAUGAUGAUGAGAGCCGUGCCCAAGAGCUGGAGGAUGAGGAGCCCAGUUUCGGGGUCACAGAUUUUGUCAAUACUCAGAAAAGGCAUUGCCGGGACGAGGACAAAAGCACCGAUGAUGAGGGCACCACUCACUCAGAUCACGAGCAUACCAAUGGGCCGGGCAAUGCCAAAACGCUGGCACGUCGCACUCACCACAAAUCGAAGCGUUCGAAGGAGCAGCGAAAGCGCGACAAGGUGUGGAAACGCAUGGGUUUAUUAGUAUUUUGGAUUUUCGCGGCCGUGGUGCUCAUAACGGUGGAUGAGAAGCAUUUGCUUGAAAAGACAUUGGAAGUCCCGCGAGGUACAGAGGGGAAAUAUUUCAAGCUGCUCAACAAGCCAACUGGCGAUUUUCGUUUGAAAAUGUAUGGCGCUUUCAAUGAAACCGCAAUCCAUGAAUUGCUCAGCGGCGACGAGAACGAGACACUGGCGCACAGCUGGCUGACGCUACAGCCCCAGAUAUCCACUUACGAUUACGAGAAACGCAGUCAGGUGUUUAAGAAUGUUUUGUACGCCUGGCAGCUGCCACUGUUGGAUGUCGAACAUUUGGAAGGCGCUCCGCGUGCCGUGUCUCGUAAUCUGACCUACGAAAUGACAACGGAGCUCAGCGAGUUGCUGGCGCGCAAUGACACAGAGAUGCGUCUUCACAUCUACAGCAGCGCCGAGACCGACUUGGCCAUUGUGCUCAACUAUAAUCCGUUGAUUGUGAGCAUGAAGACAGGCAGCAUUCUGGCCGCCCUCAUUCUGCUCAUCUUCUAUGCCCUGCUCGUGUGGGAGGUGUUCGAACGACCCUUUGUGGCCAUGGUAUGCUCCAUACUGUCGGUUACUGUGCUGGCCUGUUUCGACGAUCGCCCCAAUAUGGAUGAGAUUAUACAGUGGAUGGAUAUGGAACUGCUUACACUGCUCUUCUGUAUGAUGCUUUUGAUUCUGAUACUCACCGAGACGGGCGUCUUUGAUUACCUCGCUGUGUUUUGCUUUGAAAUAUCUGGCGGAAAAAUUUGGCCCAUGAUCUAUAGCCUGUGCUUGGUCACGUGCUUGGUAUCCAGCGUCCUCGACAACAUGACGACGGUGCUGCUCUUGACGCCGGUAGCCAUACGUCUUUGUGAGGUAAUGCGGCUGGAUCCUGUGCCAGUUAUUCUAGGCAUCAUUGUACAUGCGAAUAUUGGAGGGGCUCUGACGCCAAUUGGCGAUCCCAUCAGCAUUAUCAUUAGCACCAAUCACUACAUAUCGGCCAAUGGCGUCACAUUCUUGACCUUCGUGGCACACACACUGCCAGGCGUGGUGCUAGCCGUGUUGCACAGUUGUCUGUAUUUGCGACUCUUCUACCACAACAUCGACUCACUGCGUCUAAAAGAGCCUAAGGAGCUAAAGGAACUGCGCCGCGAAAUCAAAGUGUGGCAGCGGGCCCUAAAUGCAAUUUCCUCCUACUCUAAGGAUUCGGAAUUGGUGCGUGGCACUCUAAGUGGCAAGGUCAAGCAAUUAAAGCGCACGCUGCGCCGAAAACAGCGGGGCGUUGGCUCCACAGAUGCCUAUGUCAGCACACUGGAGGAGCUCAAGGAGAAGUAUCCCAUCAAGAACAAGCAGCUGCUGCUGCAGGCUGCAGGAGCAUUGUGCUUUGUCAUCGUCUGCUUCUUCAUACAAUCGGUGCCCCAUCUGCGCACCCUGCCUCUGGGCUGGGUCGCCCUCCUCGGAGUGAUUCUAUUGCUCAUCAUACUUAAUCGGGAUGACAUGGAGCAUCUGAUGCAUCGUAUCGAGUGGACGACACUGCUCUUCUUCGCCGCCAUGUUUGUGAUGAUGGAGUGCGUGGAGCGACUGGGAUUGUUCGGCUGCAUUGGCGAACUUACAGAGCAUGUCAUCUUGAUUGUGGAUAAGCGCCAUCGGCUGGCCAUGGCCAUAUUCAUGAUUUUGUGGACAUCGGCGCUAGCCUCUGCCAUUUUAGAUAGCAUACCAGUGGCAGCAAUGAUGGUCAAAUUAGUCACAUCGCUGGUAGCCAAGGAAUCGUUGGGCUUGCCCCUGGAGCCGCUGGUCUGGGCAUUGACUCUGGGAGCUUCAUUUGGCGGCAAUGGGACUUUGUAUGGUGCCUCUGCAAAUGUCAUAUCAGCGGGUAUAGCUGAACAGCAUGGAUAUAAGUUAUCAUUCACGCGCUAUCUUAAGACAAUCCUCCCAAUGAUGCUCGGGCAAGUCACUCUGAUGACCAUCUAUUUGCUGGUGGCCCACAUUGCCUUUGAAUGGCAUUAGGCGCUGACAGAUUCGCAAGUGCUGUGCAUUUUGUGAGCUUAUACAUAAUAUACCUACAUAAAUACCAGAACAGAUAUAAAUUACGAUAUGCAUACUCGUGUUGGAAUAUUAGUAAAAAGUUUCGUCUGUUUUUACUGCAAAAAUUAAUUUCUGAUGUCUAUAAGAUCUAUAUAUAAUCGACUAAUAAUAUAAGCAUUGCUUUCUGUUUUUACAAAAGAGUUAAUGGAAAUUCAAUAAAUGAUAUAUAUAUGUAGUAUUUUAAA